ACACACGCACACACGCACACACAGAGAGACACGCUUCUGCACCUGGUACUCAUGGCCAAAAGCAAGAUGGCCAAGUCGCCCGCCAUGGUCGGCAAGGCGAAGCCCGCCGCGGCCGGCAAGAUGAAGCCAGCUGCCAGCAAGGUCAAGCCCGCCGCCGGCAAGGCCAAGCUGGCCCCAGGUGCCGGUAAACUCGCCAAGAAGGCCGCGCCUGGCACGCGGAAAUUGGCUUCGGCCGCAGCCAUCCCGGCGAAGCGCACCCUGGCCAAGGCUGCCAGCUCGGCCAGCCGCAAGGUCCCUCGGGCCACGCACCUGCCCAUCAGCGCGGCGCCGGCCUUCGCCGACUCGGAUCUCGAGGACGAUGAUGAGCACGAUGAUGAGCACGAUGAUGAUGCUGAUGACGAUGACUCGGAUCAGGAUGAGGAGGCCGAUGGCGCGGACCUUGAUGAGGUGUCCAUCAUUCGCCAGGAGGUGGCCGACAAGAAGCGCGGCCGUGACAGUGUCAAGGAAAGCUUCUCCUUCAGUGUGGUCGGCAACAUUCUGAAGCGCCCGCGCACCACGCCCAAGGUGGCCCUCGAGAAGCUGGAGAAGCGCGAUCAGAAGCUCGCCUCGCUGGCCGAGCGGAAUCCCGUCCGGGCGGAGGAAGUCCGCAAGCGCAUGGAGUGGGAGACAGCCAUGGCCCGUGCCGAGGGACAUGUCGUGAAGGACGAUGCAUCCAAGCUGCGCAAGGCCAUCAAGACUAAGGAUCGCAAGAAGCUGAAGACCAAGACCGAGUGGUCCAAGCGCGUGCGCGCGGAGAAGACCGUUCAGCGGGAGAAGCAGAACCGCCGCGAGGAGAACAUCCGCCUGCGCAACGAGGAGAAGGCGGCCAAGCGCUCUGGCGGCUCCUCGGCCCUGAAGAAGCUGAAGAAGACGCGCGAGCGGACCAAGGACAAGGCCGAUCGGGAGAAGAAGAAGAAGGCCGCCUUCAAGAAGCGCGAGGAGCGUCGUACGGCCAAGGCUGCCGAGCCCAAGAAGAAGUCCGGCCCAGCCGGGGCCGGUGUCGUCAAGGGCGGCCGGGGUCGGCGGUAGAAAGGGGCUGGCGCCCUGCAGUGAGCCCCCUCCCACACCCCUCACCCUCUCUCUCUCUCUCUCCCUCCCCGUGUCCGAAACCACACCUCUACCCCCUCCCGAUAGAUUUCCCCUCUCCCUCUUUCGCCUCAGCUUCCAGCCGCACGGAGGCCACAUCCCAUUGGUGCCCGCCCCUCCAUCUGUACAAUACCCCCCCCCCCCUGACCUGCCACCAUAAUCCCAGACGCACGAUCGUUGCCAGUCCCCCCUCCCCCCGCGAGAGAAAAAAAGGGAGACGAGGAAAACCAUGAAUGAGGG